AUGUCUUCGAAUACCGUAGCUGAUCUCACUAAUCUUCCGCAAAAUUUUGAAAUUUCUCCAGACAAAACUCAUGCGGUUUUUAGCAUUCCGCUUGAAAAAUCCAACAAUGAUGAUAGAGAAUAUCGACUGAUCAGAUUAGCCAACGAGUUGGAGGCUUUGUUGAUUCAUGAUCCGAAUACUGAUAAAUCAAGUGCUGCUAUGGAUGUUCAUGUUGGACAGAUUCAUGAUCCGCCAAAUCUUCAGGGUCUUGGUCAUUUUUGCGAACACCUAUUGUUUAUGGGAACCACUAAGUAUCCUAAAGAAAAUGAGUAUUCCGAGUAUUUGACCAAACAUAACGGAAGUAGCAAUGCUUACACCAAUGUAGAUGAUACCAAUUAUUAUUUUGAAGUUGGACACGAACAUCUCGAAGGCGCUUUGGAUAGGUUCGCACAAUUUUUCAUUCAUCCCCUUUUCAACGCUGAUUGUACUGAUAGGGAACUCCGCGCUGUUGACUCUGAGUACAAGAAUAAUCUCCUGAAUGAUGGUUGGAGGAAAUAUCAGUUGGAAAGGAGUCUUUCUAAUCCGAAUCACCCGUUUUCACAAUUUGGGAUUGGCAAUCUUGAGUCUCUAAGGGAAAUUCCCCUUAAGGAAGGUCUCGAUGUUCGGGAAGAAUUAAUAAAACAUCACAAAAAAUACUAUUCUUCCAAUCUGAUGAAAUUAGUGGUGUUGGGUAGAGAACCUUUGGAUCAGUUAGCUAGAUGGGUCGUUGAGAAAUUUUCGGAAGUCGAAAACAAAUCAAUUCCCAUACCCAUACCCGAUGGAUAUCCUAUAACUGAAAAAGAAUUGGGUAACCAAAUUUCCUUGAAGCCAGUUAAAGAUCAGCAUUCUCUCGAAAUUACAUUUCCGUUUCCAGAUCAGUAUCCGUUAUAUGAAACGAAGCCUGCCAGUUACAUAACUCAUUUGAUCGGGCAUGAGGGUCAAGGAUCGAUUUUGUCACUUUUAAAAAGAAAAGGAUGGGCAAAUAGGUUAAGUUCUUAUUCUAUACAUCAAAGUGUUGGGUUCGAGGUGUUCAAGAUUUCGAUCGAACUUACUGAAGACGGUCUUGCUCGUUAUGAAGAAAUUUUGGAAAUUUGUUUUCAAUAUAUUGACAUGUUAAAGCAACUUGAUCCUGAAGAACAGGGGCGUGUGUUCAAAGAGGUUCAAUCAGUCGAAGUAAUUGAUUUUAGAUUCCAAGAGAAAAGCUGGCCGUCCUACUACACCUCAGAACUUUCUACUUACAUGCAACGUCCAUAUCCGCGUGAGUGGAUAUUAAGUAGCCCACAUUUGUCUCGAAGAUAUGAUUCAAAGUCCAUUACCGAGGGCUUGUCAUAUUUAAGCUGGGAUAAGUGUGUCCUCUCGUUGUCUAGUAAAUUGUUAAAUGGACUUGAUAAAAAGGAACAAUGGUUUGGUACGGAGUAUAAAUUUGAACCCAUUAGCGAAGGAUUAUUAAAGUCUAUGCAAAAUCCUGCUUUAUAUCCCGAUCUCAAAAUUCCACCGGAGAAUGAGUUCAUUCCAUCAAAUUUUGAAGUCAAUAAGCUUGAAAGCGUUAAGCCCUUAGAGCACCCUUUUCUCAUUAAAGACACAAAAAUAUGUCGUCUUUGGCAUAAAAAAGACGAUCGAUUCUGGGUUCCAAAGGUUGAGGCUCAUUUUUUAUUGAAGACCCCGGUUGCUCAUGUCACACCAUUACAUUCCGUCAAAACACGAUUGUAUGUUGAUCUAGUCAAUGACGCUCUUACUGAAUUUUCUUAUGGUGCGUCUAUUGCUGGCUUGGUCUAUUACUUUUAUGAUCAAGAUAGUGGCAUUGGUGUAUCAGUGGUCGGAUAUAACGAUAAGGCUACCCAUCUCUUAGAAAAAAUUCUUGAGAAAAUGAAAGAUUUCACGGUUGACCCCGAGAGAUUUGCCAAAAUCAAAGAGGAACUAAAGAGAGUAUAUCAAAAUCGUUUACUAGAUCCCCCAGCUAGACUUUCCAGGUAUUAUACAUCAUACAUCAUCAGACAAAACAUGUGGACCUUUCAAGAAAAACUUUCUAUGUUAGAGCAAGUUAAAUAUGAAGAUGUGCAAGAAUUCUACCCAAGAUUAUAUGAGCAGAUGUUUUUUGAGGGAUUAGUGCACGGAAAUAUGAAUAGAUCGGAAGCCUUUAAUAUGAUGGAUACUAUCGAGAGGGUAUUAGGAUCGAAGGAAUUACUACCUUCGCAAUUAAUUGGCGAUAGAAGUAUAUUGUUACCAGCCGGGAAGAAAUAUGUUUAUUUCCAAGAAGUUUACGACAAAAAAGAAAUUAACUGUGCCAUAGAUUACAGCAUACAAAUCGUAAAUGAAAAGCUGGAUUCCAAAUUAAGAGCAAAGUUGGAUUUAGUUGAGCAAAUUGCCGAUGAACCUUGCUUUGAUCAGUUAAGAACAAAAGAGCAGCUGGGGUACUCGGUAUAUUGCAUGACAAAAGAGGCGCCAGGUAUAUUGGAGUUCAGGAUAAUCGUUCAAAGUGAAAAGGAUGCCGUUUAUUUGGAGAAUAGGAUUGAAGCGUUUUUAUUUAAAUUACAGGAAAUAAUCGAGAAUCUUUCGGAUGAAGAAUACAAAAAGCACGUGAAUUCGUUGAUUGAAAAGAAAUUGGAGAAGGACAAAAACCUUGGUGAAGAAAGCCGGAGAUACUGGGAAAUUAUUUGUUCCGGGCGUUAUGAAUUUAACAAAAUUGAGUUCGACACCAAAAUUCUUCGCGAGCUCACAAAAUCGGAACUUUUGGAAUUUUACAAAACUUACAUUCACCCCAAGUCCCCUAGUCAAAAGAAGAUCUCGACUCACAUGAAAUCAAAAAAUCUUGAUAUAAUUAAAAUGUUCAAUAGAAUUGAUACAAAAAAACUGCACGAAUUUGUAUCAUCACAAGGAUUUUCUGCUAUCACCAUUGAAGAAUUGCAAAAGGCGAUGGACGCAUUAAAGGUGCAGGCUGCUGGAUUAGAUCAAGGCGAGGUCGAAGUCAUAGUGAAAAACUUCUUUUUGGUUAAAAUUGGCAGCGAUGAUGCGAGUGUAUUGGAAGCAUUAGACAAAAUAGCGCGUAAUUUGGUUGGUUUGAUUUAUGGGAAUAAGGACGGGACAGGCGGAAAUUUCGAAAAGGAGCCCGAUGAUGAUAAUCAGCAGAAAGAGCGGAAGGAUGAUUAUAGAUUAUCAGAUGAUAAUGAAAUUAUUGAAGAUAUAGUUCUAUUUAAAUCUAGAAUGGAAUUAAGCUCCGCGCCUUAUCCUCUUUUUCCUUUAACCAGUUUUUAUGAAAAGUAG